GUCGGGCCAUAAAACCCUAAACCCCCGGGCGGAAGGGGACCGGUUGGUGGUGAGGCGAAGGAGCGCGUCGUGGAAGCUUCGAGCUUUUUGGCUUGCUGCGCAAGAAGAAGAAGAGAAGGCGGCGAUGGCGAAGAGGCUGCUCCCGUCGCUGAACCGGGUGCUGGUGGAGAAGUUGGUGCAGCCCAAGAAGACCGCCGGCGGCAUCCUCCUCCCGGAGACGUCCAAGCAGCUGAACGCUGCCAAAGUGGUGGCUGUUGGCCCUGGCGAGCGUGACAGGGAAGGCAAGCUGAUCCCUGUUGCUCUGAAGGAAGGUGACACUGUUCUCCUGCCUGAGUAUGGUGGAACUGAAGUCAAGCUUGCUGCUGAUAAAGAGUACCUCCUCUUCAGAGAGCCUGACAUCUUGGGUACACUUGUGGACUGAUUUUAGACAAUCCGUGAACCCAUCACUAGUGGUGCUAGUGUGAGAGAUGCUUAGGAUUUGAUGCCAUGAAACAAUGCUUGAGAAAUUCACGUGAUGAUGUCAUAGAAUUUUGUGGUGGAACAUCGUGAACUGGAUAACAUUGUUGCUUAUUUCUGUUGAGAUGAGUAAACUUCACCAUCUGAAGUGGUGACAAUAAUUUGUUCCGCUCCAUGUCCCUGCUUCCAAUGUUUUUGUUGAAUGUUCAUUGGAUGGAUUGCUGCUA